UUCUCUUUCAAUUGACGAAGGAAGAUCGUAACUAGGGUUGCAGAAAUGAACGGAUUUAAGUUUUUCUGGCGGACUUCUAAAGUCAUACAAGACCAUCCAACUGCAUGCAUUGCUCUACUUCUCACUACAGCCAGUGGGGGAAGUCUGCUGGCUAUAUCAGAACAUAGACCAUUCCAAGUGGCUCAUGCUGAUGUGGGUCAAGCCGAUUCCAAGAAAAAGAAGGUGGUUAUACUUGGCACUGGUUGGGGUGGAACGAGUUUCUUGAAAAAUUUGAAUCAUCCUUCUUAUGAGGUUCAAGUUAUAUCCCCUCGAAAUUAUUUUGCAUUUACUCCUUUGUUACCCAGUGUUACUAAUGGCACUGUAGAAGCUCGAAGCGUUGUUGAACCUAUUCGCAACAUUGCCAAAAAGAAACGAUUUGAUACACAAUUUAGAGAAGCUGAAUGCUUGAGGAUCGAUGCUGCGAACAAAAAGGUUCUUUGUCGAUCCAGUCAAGAUACUAAUUUGGGUGGAGAAGAGAAUUUCUCGGUAGAUUAUGACUACUUGAUCAUUGCUGUGGGUGCUCGUUCAAAUACAUUCAACACGCCGGGAGUUGAAGAGAAUUGUCACUUUUUAAAGGAGGUUGAAGAUGCUCAGAGAAUCCGCAGGACUGUAAUUGAUUGUUUCGAGAGGGCAUGCAUCCCAAGUAUUAGUGAAGAAGAGAGGAAGAGACUUCUGCAUUUUGUAAUUGUUGGUGGGGGACCAACUGGAGUAGAGUUUGCAGCCGAACUUCAUGACUUUGUCACUGAUGAUUUAGCCAGUUUAUAUCCAUCCCUUAAAGAUCAUGUGAAGAUAACACUUCUCGAGGCAGCUGAUCACAUUCUCAACAUGUUUGACAAACGAAUCACAGUUUUUGCUGAACAGAAGUUUCGCAGAGAUGGCAUUAAUCUUAGAACAGGUUCAAUGGUUACAAAAGUAACAAACAAGGAAAUCACUACAAAAGAAAGAGCAACAGGUGAAAUUAACUCUACAAAGUAUGGAAUGAUUGUUUGGUCAACUGGUAUUGGAACCCGACCUGUCAUUACAAACUUUAUGAAGGAAAUUGGUCAGGGGAACAGACGUGUUUUAGCAACUGACGAAUGGUUGAGGGUGGAAGGAAUGGAAAAUGUAUAUGCAGUAGGUGAUUGCGCCACUAUAAAUCAACGCAGCGUAAUGGAAGAUAUUACAGCCAUUUUCAGUAAGGCUGACAAGAACAAAACUGGCAAGCUAGCACUUAAUGAUUUCAAAGAUGUCAUCAAAGACAUCUGUGAGAGGUAUCCUCAAGUGGAGAUCCAUAUGAAAGAGAAGCAGCUGAAAGGCUUUACUGCUCUUCUGCAGAACUCUCAAUCAAAUAGUAAAAAUGAAGUUAUUGAUAUUGAAUUGUUCAAGAAUGCUCUUUCAGAAGUGGAUACACAAAUGAAAAAUCUUCCAGCUACAGCACAGGUAGCUUCUCAGCAAGGUGUAUAUCUUUCCAAGUGCUUCAAUCGCAUGGAAGAAUGUGAAGCGAAUCCAGAGGGUCCGUUGAGGUUCAGAGGAACAGGGCGCCAUCGGUUCCAUCCCUUCAGGUAUAAGCAUUUGGGACAGUUUGCUCCUUUGGGUGGAGAACAAACUGCAGCACAACUUCCAGGUGAUUGGGUUUCAAUUGGCUAUAGCAGUCAAUGGCUCUGGUAUUCGGUAUAUGCAAGCAAACAAGUCAGUUGGCGAACUAGGACACUGGUGGUGUCGGACUGGGCAAGACGAUUCAUCUUUGGAAGAGAUUCGAGUCGUAUAUGAUUUGGUCGGACCAAAUCAAAGGACCAACUAUUUCAGUU